UAAUAACAGUAUUUAGUUUGUUGGUUUUUGUCUCUGCUAACAUUUCACAUUUUGAAAUAUUUGCCCACUCCUCUUUGCAGAACUGCUCAAGUUCAGUUAAAUUUGAUGGUGACCAUUCAAGUCAUUCCAUAGAUUUUCAGUGGGCUUUAAGUCUGGACUCUGACUAUGCAAGUACAUUCAACUUUUCUCCUUCAAUCACUGUGUGUUCAGUUUUGCAGUGUUCUUUGGGUCAUUGUCAUGUUUGAAGGUAAAUCUUCUUCCCAUUGACAACAGAAGGCAGCAGAUUUUUCUCAAGAAUUGGAUGGUAUUUUGUAUAUUGGAUGUGUUCUUUCCCACCUACUGUACUAAUGGGGAUCAACUCUACCUAUCCCACCUCUCUCUCUCUCUCUCCUCACGCGAUAAGCAAGUUACAACGGGAACUCAACUUCUUAAAGCUCAUCUCGGAAACCUGCAUGAACGGAGCGGAUCUUUGGAUGUGUUUACAACGGGUCUGGAUCUCAUCUCCACAGCAAAGCCUCACGUUAUAAUCUAUCGGAAGAGGACGGCUAAAAUUAACUUUAAACAUUGAGACGAUCUGCACUGCAAAUGGAUGUUCAAAGUUUAGUACAAUGUGGAAAGGCAAGGCUAAUUUUUCCUUUCUGCCUGGGAUUCGACAAUGUCGUUUAUUUAACUAUGAUCUAACUGAAGGCGCUUUGCUGUGAUCAGACUUUGCCUGCGAGCAUCAUCCGUGGAAAUCGCUCAUUCAGCGGCGACAGCAUCACCAAUGGCGUGAUCAUACGAUUCAUUGUCUUUGCAAUGGAUGAUAAAUCCAACAAACUCCUUUUAGUGCCUGUUUUGACCGUUUUAUUUGUCAUGAUCGGCUAUCAGUACGUCUGUCCUGCGGGGAGCACGUCCUGUCGGUUUGGUAAUGGAGAGAGUUUUCCGUUCUCCAAAUAUCCAGCAGACGUCAAGAGAAAGUCUCCGGAUCCGGACGAGGACGCUCCGUUUAGAUUCCCGUCUAAAUUCAACUUCACGCGCGAGGACCUCGAACGCCACGUGGAUUUCGACAUCAAGGGGAACGACGUGAUCGUGUUCCUCCACAUCCAGAAGACCGGAGGAACGACGUUCGGGAAGCACCUGGUGCGGAACAUCCACCUGGAGCGACCGUGCGACUGCCGCUCCGGCCAGAAGAAAUGCACGUGUCACCGACCCGGUAAAGCGGAGUCGUGGCUCUUCUCGCGGUUCUCCACGGGCUGGAGUUGCGGUUUGCACGCGGACUGGACCGAGCUCACGAACUGUGUGCCUGCUGUGAUGAAUAAAAAGCUAAAGAAAGAUGCGCCAUCGAACAGGCGGAACUUCUACUACAUCUCGCUCUUGCGGGACCCCGUGUCACGCUACCUGAGCGAGUGGAAGCACGUGCAGCGCGGCGCCACAUGGAAGACAGCGCUUCACAUGUGUGACGGACGUCCUCCCACUCCAGACGAGCUGCCGGCCUGCUACAGCAGUGAAGACUGGACCGGCGUGUCUCUGGAGGAGUUCAUGGCCUGUCCUUCAAACCUGGCCAACAACCGGCAGACUCGCAUGCUGGCUGAUCUCAGCCUGGUGGGCUGCUACAACCUGUCCUCCAUGAGCGAAGAGCGGCGCGCCGAGCUGCUCCUCAGCAGCGCCAAGCGCAACCUGCUUCACAUGGCUUUCUUCGGCCUAACUGAGUUCCAGCGUAAAACACAAUUCCUUUUUGAGAGGACGUUCGGCUUGCACUUCAUCACCGCCUUCACUCAGAUUAACGGGACGCGGGCGGCCGGGGUCACGGUUGGGACGUCUACCCGGAGGCGCAUAGAGGAGUUGAACGCACUAGACAUGCAGUUGUAUGAAUACGCGCGGGAGCUUUUCUCACAGCGCGUGCAGUACUGCCACCAUCAGGAGCGGCAGGAGGAGAGAGAGAGGAAACGACAACAACGCAGGAGAAUGAAGGAACAGAAAGCAUCGCAGAUUCAACAACAGGAGGAUGACGAACAAAAAGACUUGGAGCAGGAAAAUAUGGAGUUAACUGGAGUGACGGAGGACUACAGCAGCCAGGUGGUGCGGUGGUGAUGCUGUGCUCUCUGGCUGUGUUCAGACUAACAUUACUCUUACUAUCGUGGUAGUAUGUAGUAGGCAUAUUGUUCAUAUUACGCACUGCGCUUACUAACUUACACACUUAAAAUUGGUUUUCCAAAAAGGUGGUUUUCACAAUGAUGCCAUAGAAGAACCAUUGGUUCCCCAAUGAACCUCUCAGUGAACAGUUCUUAAAAGAACCAUAAUCACCCUGAUCUUCUUGAAACAUUUCCUUAAGUACUCAGACCAAGACAAACAGCCUCCAAAUGGAGACAGGAACUAAAAAUGUGGAAUUUGCAUUGAUCAAGGCCUAGACGUGGAGAUUUUACACCGUUUGGGGACAGAUGGUAAUUUGCAUGGAAGUCACUAAUGGCACACCAUGUACAAUAAGCAAAACACAUCUAAACUUUUAGGAUCUUUAUUACCUUUUAGUUUACUUGUAAGAUUAAGAUCAUUGUACCAGUCACACUGAGGCAUGCCAAACAUGAAUGUGAAUAUCACUUGCAUUCACAAAGAACAUUAGAUUAUGCUAUUGACCAUUCUGAGCGAGCUGAGUGAAGGGAAGGAAGUAGGGGAAAAAGAACAAAUGUAAAAAAAACUGUCCUGCAUUCUCUGUCAGUGAGCUGUGAAAACAGAUGCUUUUAUGUUAAUACACUUUAUUUGUACUGUCCAUAUCUCAAAGGGUCUGAGGUUCUUCCAGCCUUACAACAGAAACAAAAUUGUGUACUGUAUUGAAGCAGAAAUGUCCUUUUUGUUAAUAUACCUGCAUUAACCAUCAAUGUACACUCUUAAAAAGAAAAGUUCUACAUUAGCAUUGAUGGUUCCGUGAAGAACCUUUAACAUCUUUGGAAUCUUUACAUUCCACAAAAGGUUCUUUUUAGUGGAAAAAAAGUGAUUUGGAUUUUAAAAUGUUCUUUACACUAAGAAAAACAUUUUUUUUAAAGAAAAGGUUAAGUGAAAGGUUCUUUGGGGAACCAAAAUUGGUUCUUCUACUGCAUUGUUACUAAAAGCCUCUUUUGGAACCUGUACGAGUGUGUAAAAUUAUUAACAGGAAGAUCCAGCUAGAUGGAGCAAAACAAAUGCAGAAGGAGUUUUUUUUUUUUUUUUACUUGACAAAUGUUGUGCAAUGGCCAAAUAUGUCCAUCUGAUGCAUGUUUACAUAGCUCAGUCCAUUAAAAAUAGCACAGAUGGAGCACAAUAACACAUUGUGUGAAUGGCUCAAAGCAGUAUAUGCUUCACCUGCAUAUACUUUCCACUUACUAUUCACUUGGCAAUGAUGUGUGCUUGUUUGUCACUCUAAAUUAAAACUUUAUUAGACUAUUUAUUUUUCUGUCCUAACCAUGCAUCAUUAAAUAAUUGCAAUUUAACCCUGCAAAGAUGAAAUAGUCAGAAAAUUAAAAUUUUUUAAAUGAAAAAGUUUAUUUAUGGAACAGGUUUAAUAUGAUUUUUCUAAAAAAUAAAAAAGCUAUAUAUAUAAUGUAUAGAUAAUAAAUAUUUCAAUUAAUGGCUUUUUGCAUAUCCAAUAUGAUACAGUAGGCUUUAUAGUGUUAGUAUUUGUAUUUAGCAUUGUGUCCACAACUCUACAUGAGCACCCUAGGAUUGCAACCCAUCAGUAGAGAACAACUGCAAGCAAAUAGAGUGCAAUGUGCUCACAGUCACCGAGAUUUUGCAAAGUAAGACAUGAUCCUGGAUCAACAUUACUGUCCAAAAAUAUAGACUUAACCCAAUCCCUACCUAUAAUUUAUUUCUAAAAUCAGUGGGAAAUAACAGCGGAUUAAAAAGGGCUUAGAAGCACCUAACUCUGGUUGUAAGCCUAAAACAGAUAUUUUCUGAAAUGUUAUAUCUCAGUUCUGAUUGGUUGAUUGGAAUGUUGUUCCAGAAUCAACAAGGAUGUUGAUCCAGGAACAUGUUGUACUUGGUGAAAUCACGCUCGCGCUCAACCUUUCCCAGAGUGAUCAAUAAAACAGAAGAUUCGCUGUGACUUUAAGUUGGUAUGCACAAUAUAUCGGUACCAUAAUGGGUAGCCAAUGUUGAGGAUGUUUUACAUUUAAUUUCCUAGGUUUGAACAUUUAAAUUACCAUUACAUUUUAGAAAACUGAUUAAGUGUUAAGGGAGUGACAUCAAAUUUGGCAUUUUUCUCUUAUC